GUUUGAACGGUGCUGACGUUGUGGCGAGAUGUGUUGUUGAUUUGUGUAGGGAAGCACGAUAUUUGUGUGCAUUUGGUCAAAUCCUGGGGUGAAGUGCGACCAAAUGCUUUCGCCCUUAGAGUAUGGAUCCACGGAUUCGGAUAGUUUAAUAAAUAGGGAAAGAACAUGGACAGAGGAGAGUAAAGCGAGAAGAGAACGGGCGAAAUCCACGCAUAACAUAAGCAUCAUAAUCCAAAGCCUGUCUAUGUUCAAAAAUGCAGCAUCUUACCCCCUACCACCACCCCAGGAACGCAUUAAAAGGGCCCCUGCCAUUGGUCGAGUGGUGAGCACUCGGCCUAUGCGAAGUCGCGAAAUACGCACGUUGGACCACCGAAUUUGAGAGGACCGGCAAAGUUUGUGCGACCACCGCAUUCAGUCUUCAGUCGGUGCCUUGUCCGGCAACAGCAUUGCUCCUUGGCAUCUGUCGUGUUACCACUGCUUACUUAUACUUUGUUCACUCACUCUCUCUCACUCACUCCCUCAGGCCACAGUGUGUAUAUAGUUCAGUGUUUACCCACUUGUGUGUUGUGUCUGUUCUUCUUGGAAACCGCCGUGCACCAACAUGCACUCCACGAACUAUACUAUUAACCGGAACGAACGCUGAAACCCGGACCAUGGGCUAAAUUAACGCAAACGAUUUUAUUUUUUUAUUUUUUCGUUGUGUUUAUUUUUAUGUUUAUCACGUUCUACUGUGUGAUAUGCUUCUAAUAACCGUCUGCAUCUUUAAUACGUGUUAUCUGGAAUUCCAACGGACGGCAACAAGAACUAUUGACAUGUUAUGACAUUUAAAGAGUGACUGUUGUAUUUUUUUGUUUUGAACUUUUAUUUGUUAUUUAUAAACUAUAUAUACAAAAAAAUCAAGUGCAAUGGCAAGUAGUAGUGGUGUGCAACAACCGCAGCAAAACCAUCUGUACCAGCAACAACAACAACAACAACAACAACAACAGCAACAGCAACAGCAACAAGCGGCAUCCCAGGACAACCAGCGAAGUACCCCGUUCCCGUGCAAAGAAUGCGGAACCUACUUCAAUUCGGCGGAGUCACUGGAAGUGCAUCUCCAGUACCACAAGGAGAACCUCCUUAAAAAUUGGGCCAUCCAGGCAACGUCCCAUUCGGAAGAGACCAACAACAACACCACCGCUAAGGCAAACAUAAAGCGUGAGUUUCUUCCAAAUAAUACUGUAGAAUCUUCCGAGUCGCUACAAAAUCAGAAGAAGAGCCCAGACUAUAGCAGAACAACCCCCGAAUCAAUUCUUGGUCAUCCCUUAACACCCCAAAGCUAUCACAGCGCAUCUUCUCCAUAUCAGAAUCAAGAUAAUUCAGCCUUCUCUCCAAAUUUUCAAAAUUUCCAACCGAAAACCGAAAGGCAAUCACCGAACCCCCAUUAUCAAAACAACUAUCAAAAUUUCCAAGAACAGCAAUUCUUCAAUCCUCUGGACUCAAAUUCUCAGUAUAAUCAGGACUAUCCGGUACACAAAGCGCCAAUUCCAAACGCCUCGUAUCGAUAUCAUCCGUACGGUCAACCCCAACAGAGCCCGUACGAACGGACGCCGGUGUCUUCGGCGAGUCCCGCCUACCCUCCGCAGCCGACACCGUCACCUAGUCCCAAACAAUGCGACAAGUGUGGCUACGUGUGCGAGUCCGCCUCACUGUUAAUCGAGCACCAAAACAUGGCUCACCCCGCAACCCCUUUAGCCGCCUAUCAACCCAAUCAACAUUUUAUGUUUGGCAACGAGCACACUCAACAACCCCCAAUUAAAACGGAGGAUGAUGCCCAAAGCGAGAUACUCGACCUUGAUUCGCACAAAGUUGUCCAUCAAGUUUAUCCUGAGGAUGAGAAGCGCCAGAACGGCGAUCCAAACGGCCACAAUCCGCAUUCUGUGUCUGCCAUGCUGAAUUCAUGGUCGCCAUCGCAGCAACAACAGCAACAGCACCAUGUUGCCGCUCAGCAACAGCACCAGAAAAUGUACGAGCAGCAGCAACAACAGCGCAUGUUCAUGGCCGCAUCCGAACAGAAAAUGUUCCAGCAACAAAACAUUCCAAACAACAUUCCAGAAAACAAAAUGUUUUCGCCCGAACAAAAGCUGUUCCAGACGCACCCGUUGCACAAUCCGGAGUUCAUGAGCAACGGCGUGUCGUCGACGACACCGGAAACUACCGGAACCGGCAUUAGUCCAAUCGGUCAACAGCCACCUUACAGACCGUUUGAGCAUUUGCCCUCGCAACCUCCCACGCCUGUGAUUUCAAAUACCCAAGUUCCUACCAACCAAGCACCUACGUCAAUGCCUCCAGCUACAACCAAAAGCAGCAACUGGAAGUCCAACGAGGCCCGUAGACCCAAAACGUACAAUUGUACGGCUUGCAACAAGUGGUUCACCAGCUCUGGCCAUCUGAAACGACAUUACAACACCACAUUGCACAAAAAUGCGGUGAAAUCCAGCGGGGCACCGGACCCCGCGACCAUGCCGAUCAGCGCACAUCAUCAUCCCGCCAGAGAUUCGGCCACGACCAGAGAGGAUAACUCGUCCAACAGUCCCGGCGAAGAGAUGAGAGGCGAGGAUACGAACAGUAUGCCGCCACAAUUCGAAAGGCCGAACCCGCUGCCAGGUCUCAUUCCACAACCCCCAAAUGGACCGUACGACCGGCAGCCGGCGCCCAACAUACAUCACACGCCGCCCCUGCACUCUCCGAUGGGCCACUCGCCCAUGUCACACUCCCCCAUGCAACCCCACAAUCCCAGCCCGCUAGGUAAUCACAUGAUGAACUCUAGUAUAUCAAAUUUAAGUAACGGGAGUCCCCCAAACGGGGAAGCAGGCCUCUCACCCAACAACUUAGACACGAGGGGCCUGCUACUCAGUUCCCCCACAAUCAGCAGUAUGGCCAGUACCAACCCGCAUGGGUUCAACAUGCCUCCCCCUAUGAUGCCCAUGGAGAGCAGCCAAUAUCAGAUGUACCCAAACGAGUCGGCCCCCCACGUUACGCAGGCUAUGGCUAUCAACAGCCUCAGUACUACUGGUGAAUACCAGUACGAAGACGCCUUAGCCAAUAACAGCGGAAUGAUCCAGGAGCAAGAACACGACCAAGAUAUGCAAGGCAUGCAACCGCUACCCAGUUUUUCACAGUUGCAGAGGUACAGCGGUAUGCUCCUGAACUACGACAACGCGAACGUGGGGGGCGGGGGUUCGGUAACGACCCCUUACUCUUCAUAUUACAUCACCGACUCAUACGAGGUCGGUACGGACACACGCACCGUCUACAAACAAGACGACGAUUACAAACUCACGGUGCUCACUGCGGCCGACUCAUCAUCAUCGCCGACAAUGCAAGACGAAUACCUCCAAUACUCACCACUGAACAACAACACCCUCCAUCACAGCAAUAACCUCCUCGCAGUCUCCACUUCGACCCACCUAUCCGACUUGGACGCGGACUUGAAGAUCCGCACGGACACGCAGCCCGACUCGCCCGAGAACGUGCAGAUCAAGCGGGACUACGAGGAUAGGCCCGUGCAGAAGGUCGCACAGUCGAUGAUCACCAAGAACGGCAUGCACAAGUGCAUCGACUGCGACAAGGUAUUCAACAAGGCUUGCUACCUCACGCAGCACAACAAGACGUUCCACAGCGGCGACAAACCGUUCAAAUGCACCCGCUGCGGGAAGCGGUUCUCCUGCGAGGUGACCUACCAGGAGCACCUCACCAAACACGCCGGCGACAAGCCGCACAAGUGCGAACUCUGUCCCAAGCAGUUCAAUCACAAGACCGACCUGCGGCGACACAUGUGCCUGCACACGGGCCAGAAGCCGUACGCGUGCGACACGUGCGGCAAAGGGUUCAUACGCAAGGACCACAUGAUGAAGCACUGCGAGACCCACAUAAAGAAGAUCAAUUCGAAAAUGGCCGCCAUGCGAUGAGAGGGAUCACCCAUUCUAUCAGAGCACUCGGUGUGUAGCAAUUUUUGUUUUUCGUCUUGGCACUUUUCUACUUAAAUGUUGUAUCUGGAACAAGAAACUAUUUUUAUUAUCGUCAUUGAUAAUUGUACAUAUUUAUUUUCGGGUUCAUUUUACGAGAUGAUGGACGUCAGAGUAAUAAACAAAAAAAAAAAGAUACAAACUAACAACAGAACAAUUGCUCAACCAUUUGUUAUAUACACGGUCUUUCGAAAUUCCCCCCAACGAAAACCUACGUUUGUGCACAGGGAGUAAGUUGAAAAAAAUCUAUAUAUUUUGAAUUCAACUUUUAAACGAUCCUAAAAUUCGAAAACAUUUUGAACAUGUACAUAAUUUUUUUUCUGAGACUCUGCUAGGCUAGUAAAUGACUGCCAUUUGAGUUUAAAUUAUAUACUUGUUUCCUACUUUUGGUGUACCAACUGCGGUUUUUAUUCACAUUUUUACUGCAAUUUUGGAAAACCCUGUAUACUACGAUCACGUGUCAGAUAAUACAAUAUUCAAAAUAACAGUAAUACCUCAGAAUCUCAGUUAUAAUAGAUAUAAUAAAAUAUUUAUAUCAGAUUAUAUUAUAUCUUGUGGAUGUACAAACUAGAAUCAAUUUUAUCAAAGUUGUAUAAAAUAAUGAAUCAUAGAAUUUAGUAGAGCAGGUUUGGCCGUCGGAUAUUUUUAUUCUGAUGUUCCGGACUUGCAACAAGUAAUUUCGAGUAAUAAUACGCAAUAAUAAUGUUACAACGCAAGUUUUUGAUAUUUGUUUUCUAAGAUGUAAUAAAAUGUGAGAUGUUGUGUACAUAUUUCAUUUAUUAGGUAAUAUAUUAAUUUUAACGGAACUACCUCAGUUUGAAUUAUGUGCCAAUUUAAUGUAAUUGUUUAUCGAGCUCUAUUGAGGAUGAGUUUGUAGACAAAUAAUGUGCCAAACCCCAUGAUCUAAUAAUGGAGGAUGAGGUUCUGUGUUAUUUUUUCAUGUGGCACCUCGUUACUAUAUUUAGUGCAAUUUUUAAUUUAAGUCCCAGAUUGUUCUUUUUUAUGUAUUAUCAGUUACCAGAUGAUUGUUUUUAUGGAAUUGUUUAUACUUUGUGUGAUUUUCCUCAUUGUGAGAUGUUACGUUUCCAAAAAGUUAUUGGAAAAUUUAUUAUGUUGUAUAUGUUUCUGUAACUCCUUGAUGGCAACACGCCAUAUAUUUUUACAUAGAGGUGAUUAAUGCAUAUUUAUUGUGUAUUUUUUGUCAAGACUGAAGUAUAUGUAUGUAGAAGUAUUUUGUUUAUAAGUUGCCUUUUGUAUAUUUUCCCCACCUUAAUUUUAUUAUAUUAUAUAUGUUGCAAGGAAGCAUUUAAUUUUAAAUGUUAUGUUAUCUACCAAUGACAAAAAAAUAAAUUACAUAAUUCAUUAUUAAA